AUGUUGCUGCCACUGCUGGGUGCCUGUGCCGUGCUGGGGCCGUUCCAGGGCCCAGAGUGGGAGCCAGUGCGGGGCCUGCUCCCCCAGGAUCGCAGCUGCAGGGACCCUCGGUGCCGAGGCAACCUGCUUGUCCUCUGUCUCUUUCUGAUCUGGCAGGUGCGGCACUAUUGGCACCAGGUCACCAGGACCCGCCCCAGCAGGAGGAAUGUCAUCAAGGUGCCACCACAGAAGUGGGCAGUGCCCUCCAUGAGACGUGAAACUAUCUUCAGGCCAACUCCUGAAUUCUUCUUCAGUCCUGGCAAGUUCAGGGGCCUGGAUGCUCAUGUCCAACAGUGGACACAAAAGGAGAGAUGGGGAUACCAGAGGAGGCUCCAGGAGUCAUGGGCCCAGUACCUGCUCUCUCCACAGCACCUGUGUCAGGGCCUACCUCGGAGUGCCCACACCCACUCUGAGCCCAUCUUUUGUUCCACCUCCUUUUCAAGCACCUGUCUGCUCCCUCAGGGCAGUUCCUGGAAAGCACGUCAGGUACCCUGGUGUCUCCGUGAUGGCAAGACUCACCCUGCCUUGGACAUGUGCCAAAACAUGGAGCAGCUGCUGGUUCACUCUCAGGGAAAGUUGGUGCCACUGGAACCUGUCAUCAGCAUGAGGUCCUGCCCCACCUCCAUGACCUUAGCCACCUCUCUUCCAAACCUCCCUUUAGCUCAGAGGCUACAGUUCUGCCCCAGAGAGUUCCUGCGCAAUCCUUCCAACCAGCUACUGGGAAUGCGCACCUGGAAGUCCUGGGACUGCCCACAAGAGGCCUGGGCACCAGGGGAUGACAACCAGACUGUAGGCAGUGGGGACAGUAGAGAGAUCCAGGCUCCCAAGCAUCUGGGGGGCAACUUCCCGUAG